UUGCAAGACUAAUACAUACUGGUGAAAAAGAAGAUGAUGAACCAUACAUUAAAGCUUCUGAAGCUCAAAUGGUUUUUUAUGUAGAGGAUGAGAAGGAACAAGGUUGGAGCAUACCAGUUCAUUUGAAACCUAGAGACUUUUAUGAUAUGGGUGAACAUGAUGAAGAAAUUAUGGGAUCUAUUGAGGCAUACCCAUCACACAACUUGGAACAAAUAUUUCCUGAUGAUGCCACACAUAUACAAUUGGCAAGAAUGACUACAGAUGAUGAUCUUGAAAAUUCAACCAUCAAUGAAAAUUUUGAUGAAGAUAAUCAAGAUAUGGUUUAAUAAGAGUCAAGAACAUGUUGUGGCUAGGUGUCAAUCCACACUAAAUGAAGAGAAUAGUUUCUCCAUGGGCACUCAUCAAAGUGUAGAGGUUCAACUACCUCAAAGUGAGCCCAUGCCAAACAUUGAAUCAUCUUCUCGUGAUGACAUACAUGCUACUUCACCCACUCACUCCGGAUCUAGGAGGUCGACACACCAUGAAUAUGAUGUGGUUGAAGAUUCAUCUGUGGCUCAGAAAAAAUCCCCUACCUAUUGGAAUGUUGAUGUUAUUAAUGAAGAGGCUGUUGUUACGCAAACACGUUUAAGGGUGCAAGAUGUGUUUGUCGCCCCGCCGAGCCAACUGUACUUCAUCAUGCUGUGA